AUGGAGUUGCCUUUGGCUGAGAUGGGGAAGACUGGGGAGCAGCGGGGAGCCAAGUGGGUGUGGACACUUGCGCGGGCCCGGCGGGGUCAAAUGGCCGCGGGCUGGCGCCCCCUGGCGGGGGAAGGGGAACAGCCUGCGGAGGGUGACAGGUUCAUCCACGAGCCGGACCUGGCCUUGAUGCGGCGGGCGGACUUGAUUGUGGCAGAAGUGACCCAGCCGGCGUUGGGUGUAGGCUCCGAGGUGGGCCGGGCCGAGGCCUUCAAUAAGCGAAUCCUGUGCCUGAUCCGCCGGAAGUCUGGCCAAGUGCUCUCGGCCAUGAUCCGCAGAGCAGCCGACGGCUCCCGGUUCCAGGUGUGGGACUACGCGGUGGGCGAGGCGGAAGUCAUGCUGGACCGAUACUUUGCAGCUAAUUCUCCCGAGCAGCCGGCUUCCUCCCUUGAUCCAACCCCUUGACUUCACCCCGUCAUUAAGUUCUUCAGACCCCCGACUCUGCUCUGUACCGUUCCUCCCCGAAA